GAAAUAAAAAAAAUAUAUUUUAUUUGAUAAAGCUCCGGAAUAAAAGCAACGAAAAUGUCCAACACACAGGCGACCGUCACCGCUUACUUGGCUUUGCAAAAGAAGACUACAAACAAAGAUCUUGCUGCCGAGUGGACGCUCAUCGAGGAGCUGCAUAACGAGAAGUUGUGGAACGAGCUGACCAUCAAGCUGGUGACAUUCGUGCGCCAUGAAUCGCUGCAGGACGAGUCGGCGCUGCUGCAGCUCUACCAGAACUUCCUUUCCACCUUUGAAACAAAAAUAAACCCGUAUGGUCUGAUCCAAAUUCUCGAAGUAGUCGUGGACAACAUUAGCGACAAAGCAGAGGCCAUCGAAUUCCUCGAGAAAAUUAAGGACAAAGUCAAGAUCUGCGAUGAGGCUGUGUGGUACCUGCAGGUCAUGCAGGGCAACCUCUAUCUCACAAAUCUGAACGACCUGAACUCCACCAAGAAGAUCAUCGAGGAGCUGCGCGAUGUCCUGGAGGAGGCCGGCUUCGUGACGCCCGUUCACGGCAAAUACUACAUGCUCGCCUCGCAGUACUAUCGCCGUGUGGGCAAGCACAGCGACUACUACCGAUGCGGCCUGCAGUUCUUGGGCUGCUCGCUCGACGACUACCCACGCGACCAAUGGGCACAGCAGGCAUUCUUCCUGGGACUGGCUGCCCUGCUCGGCGAUGGCGUCUAUAACAUUGGCGAGCUGCUGGCGCAUCCCAUUUUGGAGUCGCUGCAGGGCACUGACAACGUGUGGCUGGUGGACCUGCUCAAGGCAUUUAACACCGGCGAUAUCAACAAAUUCAAUGACAUGAAGAAGAUCUGGUCAAAGAUUCCCGAUCUGGCUGCCCAGGAGGUCAAGCUGCGCCAGAAGAUCUCUCUGCUCUGUCUGAUGGAGAUGACAUUCAAGCGAUCGGCCAUUCAGCGAGCCAUUUCCUUUACGGACAUUGCCCAUGAGACCAAACUGCCGGCCAAGGAAGUGGAGCUGCUGAUCAUGAAAGCCCUGGCCCUGGAUCUGGUGCGCGGCGAGAUCGAUCAGGUGGCUGGCGUCGUAAACAUGUCGUGGGUGCAACCCCGCGUCCUGAACCGCAACCAGAUCGCCGGCAUGGCCAGCACCCUGGACUCCUGGAUGGGAUCGAUCACGAGCAUGGAGAAGCUAAUGGAGAACCGUGCAGCUGAAAUUCUCACCAACUAGGCUUAAGUUUGAUCUUGAUUUCCAUUUGCGUAAAUGCCUUUGUAUUUAAUUAAAACCCAUCUAAAGUCA